ACGACCCCGACGACGCUGUCCCCUUCGCUCCUCACGCCCCUGCCUUCGUGCGAUCGAUUCAUCUAUCAACUCGCCAAGCAUCUCAAUCCAUUAGACGACUUUCAGCAUGGAUACGAACAUGGAGGACGUCGGCCGUGUCCCCGCCGAUCUGCCAUCCACCCAGAACCUUGAGCCCACCACGAUCCCUACUCUAGACGGUUGGAUCGAGAGCCUCAUGAGCUGCAAGCAGCUCGUCGAGGCCGAUGUCCAGAGACUCUGCGAGAAGGCGCGGGAAGUCUUACAGGAUGAAUCCAAUGUGCAGCCAGUCAAAUGCCCGGUGACAGUGUGCGGUGAUAUCCACGGCCAAUUUCACGAUCUCAUGGAGUUGUUCAAGAUUGGCGGUCCGAACCCCGACACCAACUACCUGUUCAUGGGUGACUACGUCGAUCGUGGUUACUACUCCGUCGAGACCGUGACUCUCCUCGUCGCCCUCAAGAUCCGAUACCCUCAGCGCAUCACCAUCCUGCGUGGCAACCACGAGUCCCGCCAGAUUACCCAGGUGUACGGCUUCUACGACGAGUGCCUCAGAAAAUACGGCAACGCCAACGUCUGGAAGUACUUCACCGAUCUCUUCGACUACCUCCCCCUUACCGCCCUCAUCGACAACCAGAUCUUCUGUUUGCACGGUGGUCUGUCUCCUAGUAUCGACACCCUGGACAAUAUCAGAGCUCUCGACAGAAUCCAGGAAGUGCCCCACGAGGGCCCAAUGUGCGACCUCCUUUGGUCCGACCCGGAUGACCGCUGCGGCUGGGGGAUAUCACCCCGUGGUGCCGGUUAUACGUUCGGUCAGGACAUCUCCGAGGCUUUCAACCACAAUAACGGUCUGACGCUUAUUGCGCGUGCUCAUCAACUUGUGAUGGAGGGCUACAACUGGUCUCAAGACAGAAAUGUCGUGACAAUUUUCUCUGCACCCAACUACUGUUACAGAUGCGGUAACCAAGCGGCGAUCAUGGAGAUUGACGAACAUCUCAAGUACACUUUCCUGCAAUUCGACCCUUGCCCCAGAGCCGGCGAGCCGAUGGUCUCGAGACGCACACCCGACUACUUCCUCUGAUCAACCUAUCCGAUACCCUUGCCGUCCACUGUCCAGAUCAAUCUGGAUGUCAUCCGUGGACGGGAUUCGAAGAGAUGGGGGCGUGCAUGCUCAACUUGCAUUGGUGUUUUGGGGGCGUCUAAUCUUGUAAGAUUACAACAAAAGCCAAGAGAACCAAUGUACUCCCAAGAAAGAGAGAUCCUG